UCUCUUUCAUUUUCGUAGAGAAAUCCACAAUGGUCUUGGCGUCUCUGCGUGAACCACAGACUCUGUCACAACUGUGAAGACCAACUGCAAGUUUCUGCAGCGAGCGAUUACUGAAAGCACACAGAGAUGGAAAGAGUGCCACAAUUUGACAAUGAUGAACGUGAUUCAGAAACCGAGGGUCGUCAGCCAGGGGCCACGAGGAAGAAGCGCCGCAUUGUUUUAUUAGCUGCUGGUCUGGUUGUCGUGAUAAUUGUCAUUGUUUUUCUCACUGUAUAUUUCUCAAAAGCCCUUAAAAUUGGCUGCUACUCCAAAGCCGCCGUAGCAGCAGAUGCUAAAGACUGUUCUGAGAUCGGCAGGGACAUGCUAAAGCGUGGAGGCUCUGCAGUUGAUGCCGCCAUUGCAGCACUGCUGUGUGUUGGACUGUUUAACCCCCAGAGCAUGGGCAUUGGAGGAGGACAUUUCUUCCUCAUCUAUAACAGCUCUACAGGGAAGGUGGAGACUAUCAAUGCGAAGGAAACGGCUCCUAGGCGUGCCACACUUGACAUGUUCACCAAUAAAGACCUCUCAAAAACAGGAGGCCUGUCCAUCGCGGUCCCCGGUGAGCUUCGAGGCUAUGAGCUGGCACACCGGCGUCAUGGUCGCCUGCCGUGGAGGGAGCUGUUUGAGCCGAGCAUCCGGCUGGCACGUGAGGGCAUCCCCAUCACCAGAAUUCUCGGCGAUGCCUUAAACAAGUCAAGAGCCAAGGAGAACAUUCUGCGUAAUCCAGCUCUGUGUGAAGUAUUCUGUAACUCCAAUAAAACCAUCCUGAGGGAAAAUGACACUAUCAAAUACCCACGGCUAGCAGACACCUACGAGAAGAUCGCUAACGAAGGAGCUGAUGUCUUUUAUAACGGCUCCAUGGCUCAAACCAUCGUGGAUGACAUCCAGGCUGCAGGUGGCAUUAUAACGCUUGAAGACCUGUCAGGGUAUAGACCAGAGCUGAAUGAAGACACUAUGAAGAUAAAUGUGGGAGAAUACACUAUGCACUUUCCAGAUGCUCCAUCUAGCGGUCCUGUGCUAGCGCUAAUCCUCAACAUUGUGAAUGGGUAUAAUUUCUCAAGCAGCAGUGUGUCUACUACAGAGAAGGAGACACUCACUUAUCACCGCAUUAUUGAGGCUUUCCGCUUCGCCUUCGCUAAGAGGACUAAGCUGGGAGAUCCUCGCUUCCUCAACAUCACUGACUUCAUCCGCAACAUGACCUCAGAGUACUUUGCCAAUAUUAUACGCAGUAAGAUCUCAGAUGAGACCACAUAUCCAGGGUGGUACUAUGAACCAGAGUACUCUAACCCUGAAAGUGAUGGGACAAGUCACCUGUCCAUCCUUGCUGAGGAUGGGAGCGCCGUGGCAGUGACUAGCACCAUCAAUUUGGCGUUUGGUUCUAAAGUGAUGUCACCGUCCACUGGAAUCAUCUUCAACAAUAUUAUGGAUGACUUCAGUUCUCCAAACUUUAAAAAUGCUUACAAUGUUCCUCCUUCUCCUAAUAACUUCAUCAAAGCAGGUAAAAGGCCGCUCUCAGCCAUGUGCCCCACCAUCAUCUUUGACAAACACAACAAAGUUAAAAUGGUUGUAGGAGCUGAAGGUGGGCCGAGGAUCAUUACAGCAACGGCUCUGGUCAUCCUGAACUCUCUGUUCUUUAACUAUGAUGUAAAGAAAAGUGUAAAUAAACACAGAGUCCACAACCAGCUCAACCCCAACACCACCGAGGUGGAGGAUGGCUUUAACCAGAUUGUAAAAGAAGGACUAGAGAAGAAGAAUCACAGCACAGAGAUUUACAACGAGAAGAAGCCCUUUUCGGUGGUUCAGGCUGUGGUGAGGCAGGAUGGACAGAUCUGUGCUGAAUCAGAUCAGAGAAAAAGAGGACAAGCUGCCGGUUACUGAAACUUUAACAACAUUUUAUCUCUAUUUCUUUGAUCAAACAAAAAGAAAUGUACGAAAUCAAUUUAAAUAUAACCGUGCCUUUAAAAAGAAGCUUUUUUGUAUGCAGAGAUCAGUGGUGUUGUUUCUUCUAUUUGUUGUUUUAUUUAAUGUGCAGCAGGGUCAUCUGAGCCACUGUUACUCCUGCUUACAUACUGCCUGAAUGCUGUUUUUGAAUUUUAAUUUUUUGUGUUUUAAAAAUAACUGUACAAGAGAGAUAAAAAAUCGUUUUUUUUUUGUUUGGAUGUUUGUUUACA